AUGAUGAGCAACGAAGCCCAACACACAGUCAUCCACUUGGCAAGUUUGAAGAACGUGGCAUUCAGUUCAGGCGGGCCAAUAGUUCUGUGCCUCAACCUGUAUCGAGCAAUGAGCAUGAAGACCAUGAAAGGUAGUCCACUGAGGACGACUAGCAGCAGGAUCUUGAGUGCUCGGGGUGUCCUUGAAAUGCCUCGGGCGAACCGGUCAAGAGGAAGUGGUGGCUGCCGACGGUGGCGACGUAUGGAAUGUAGCCGUUUGAUCUCUGUCUCUGGGGUUGCUGGACUAGAACUGGCGCUGGAAUAUUCGAUCUUGCGCCGCUUCUGGGCACUCGAUGUCAUUGCGCUGGCAGCACUCGCGGCAAAGCUGGCCAUUCUUGAUGCCUUCUUCUUUCAGCGCGCAACAACGACAUACACCACGCAAGACCCUGCAAAGAAUGUCACUAUACUCGGAAUCACAGCUAAGGCGUUUCCUCAGACCGGCUUCGUCGUAAGCCCGGGCUUAGGUGCUCAAACCGACUUCAUGAUCGGUGACACAUAUACGCCCACCGUGGACACCUGGGAAACGAGCAAUGGCUUCUUCGAAAACUUUCAACAGCUCUAUCGGAACUGUGAUGGUGUGUGCUACACACACGUGGACGCCAUUGGGUUUGAGAUUGAGUGUGAGAAAACAAGCAAUCACACCAAUUACGCCACAGGUGCAAUCAAUGCUUAUAAUGAGCACCAAGGCAGUGGAUCAGGCGAUGCUAGCCAGUGGACUGAUCUCCCGAUUUUCAAUACUUCUUUCGGCAUGAGAUAUGCAGACUCGGCAAAGGACUAUUCGCGCAUCACUAUGGACCUGCUGUACUUUGACUCCGAUGACCCAUACGGAGCCGCUAGCGUUGAGUCAUGCCCCGGCACAAUAACCAACGUCCAUUGUACACUGCGUCCUGCCUUGGUUCGCUACCCGAUGACAAUCGUCAACUAUACGAAAGCGCACAUCACAAACGGCGUCAGCGUCGGAGGGAAAGAGUACGACAGUUCGAAUACAGUCACGCCUCCUAUCCCGGCCUACUCCUACUCCCUGAAGCAGGCGGACGGCUUUGAGGUCCUGUCUUAUCUGACAACAGACGAUCGUAAUAUCGUCAACAGCACGACGCGGCUCGGCGGCGUCGCCAACGCAUUAUCUCAAUACUUGUCAUCAACGGCAGCAAUCACCUACUCAGGAAGCUCGUUGUGGGGUCUAUCGCAAAAGGGCACCCUGGCCCAGACCAUGAUGUUCGGUCCACCAAACAUGGGUUCCUGCGACUGCUCGUUCCACGAUGCUCUCUCAACGCUCGUUGCUGGGAUCAACCAACUCGCGUUCCUGACCGCCACGGCACUUAUUCAGCGACCAGCAUUCCAACCCGUCGCGGGCACACAGGUCACCGUCGUGGGCGUUCGAGACAACGCCACGGCCACCUUCUCAAACAUACCCAACACUCUGCAGAUCAGCGACGUGAUCCACUACGACACACAUUACCUGUACCUGGCGAUGGGCGUGUCCAGCACCAUCGGCUGCCUGCUCCUCAUCUUACCUGCCUUCUGGCGCUACGGCGUGCUCGGCCGGGAGGUCACGUUGGGCCCCGUGGAAAUUGCAAGCGCCUUUCGCGCUCCCGUCCUGGAGACGGGACAUGGCGAGGAGAAAGAGGCUGGGAACUUGAAGCACUUGAUCAAGCACGUCGGUGGGCGGAAGGUCAUGUACGGAUACGUAGAAGAGGGCGCACAGACACCUGAUCAGAGUUCCGUGGAUGGUAACCACAAUCGUGGCAGCAUCCGGCUUGCGAUGGAAGAGCCCGCGAAGGUGAGGCCGCUAAGUGGCAUCUCGGAGCCUGAUCCUCAAAGUCCGAGAUCUCCUGUGCCUACGUCGCCGCGGAUUGAGGAGUGA